UAUACAGAAAAAUAUAUUAUACAAAACUCAAAAUUAAAGGGGAUACUCUUCUUUUACAUGACUCAAAAACUUAUCAAGGUUAGAUAUAGGUUCAGAAGUUCUAAAAUCAUAGUGUAUACGGUACAGGAUCUCGUUCAUGUGGCUACUACGGCCACGUUUGAAUUUUCGUUUCCUUGCAACUGUUUCGUCUUUUUCAGCGAUCUUCCCUACUCCUCCACACGAUUCGUGUACGCUUGUCAUUUUUUUUUCACAUAUAUCUCGGCAAUUGUCGUACCACUGAACUGCCGAAGCUUCACUUACGUCGGCAAACGUUGCAGCAAGUGCAACUGGUGCUCUUAUAAUCCAAUUUGCAACAAGGAUCAUAAUUUGCCUUAACCUUAAUUUUGAUCGAGCGAAAAAAGUUCCUGUUCGAGCUGAUUUUUUCUUCCAACAUGAAGAACAUCGAAAGAUAAUGUCAUCACGGCAGUCUGCACACCGUACAGCGCUCAUUUGACUACCACAGUCACAAGUAUAGGAACUUCUUAAUAAUCCUUUCUCUUGUAGACGUUGAAUUAUUACGUCUUCGCUAAAAUCUGCUGUAAACCGAUCGUACGUAAGCAUCGAGUACCGAACUUAGCGCCGUGACCU